UGAGGUCCCUAUUUCCAAAGUCUGGCUUAGAAUUUCUGAUUCCAAUAAUAUUCCUUCUUUACAGAAUUAGGUACUGAGCUGAAGAAAAUCAUGUCUUCCAGCGGAGGAAGCUGCAGUUGUGGCUCCAGUUGCAAGUGCGGCAGUGGCUGCAAUUGCUCCAGCAUGUAUCCUGACCUGGGUUUCUCAGAGAAGACCAGCACCAAGACCAUCAUCGCUGGGGUUGCACCAGCCAUGAAGAUCUACAACGAGGAGUCUGAGAUGAGCUUUGUAGCUGAGAAUGGCUGCAAGUGUGGAUCAAACUGCACCUGCGACCCAUGCAACUGCAAAUGAGCAAAAAGCCUCCGACAAAUUAAUAGCCCAAAUAAAUCAAGCAUCGGUUUGCUGUUGGUUUUUAUCAGUAAAAAAAGGGUUGAAUCUGAUCUGCUUGUGUAGUACUCCAUAUGUAUGCUUAAGUUGUAAAAUUAAUAAGAUCGCCAUGGGUUUUGCAACUCCAUUGCUUUGGAUUGCAGAAUAUUGUUUAAUUCAUGGCUACUUUGGUGUGUGAGAGUUAUAGAAAUCUUAUGUGCAACUGCUGCUUUUAUUCAUGUA